AUGGAUGACAACAUAGAUCCAGUUAACUGGGAAGAAGAUAUUAAUGAUAUUCUAUCAGAUACGUUUGAAGAGGAGGCAAGAGAGGAUGUAAUGGAGGACCAACCAACAACCUUGACAGACCUUACCGAUGCAAAGUUACACCCUUUACAGACGCUCUAUAUUGAAUAUAUAGAUGACCUUCCUGAGUAUCCAAAAACUCAUAUCAAUGGUCAUACGUAUAUCAUUGCAGCAGAUAAAAUGUCACAAUCGGAGGCGGAGCAACGAGUUCAAGAUCCAAGUCUUCGACUUCUUCAUCAUACAUACCUUGAUGAAAAAGCAUGGCAAGAAAUACAAACAAUUCGGAAAGAUAUUGACCUUGUUGAAAAUGAUAUUCGGAAGAGGAAUGCAUUCAGUCUUUAUCGCUCGAAGAAGAGAUUCUUCAACAGUGGCAAAGCUUGUAUCGAAAACCUUUCAAGCUGUGCGCCUGUAUUUCGAAAAUCUUUCUACCCGGACAUCAAUAAUGAGCACCAUCCAUAUAUUAGCUGCAUAAAUAGCACACCAGGUCCUCUACAGAAACAUUAUCACAGCUCUCUGAAAGGCCAUACAUCAAUUGAUCUUGAAUUCUUAGAGCAGUUAUUUAAUGAGUCCAUUCUCCCGUCGCAGGAGGAGUGUGCUGUUAUUGAACCACUAACAACACGGCGCAAAUUCUGUGUUAAUAUUCAGGAAACUCCCUAUAUCCUCUUUACUUCACAUGGAAUUCAUCAACAUCCUCCACCACUACCACACAAGCCACCGGAGCAGAUUUUGAAAGGGAUUGAAUCGAGGAUUAGAAAUAUGCGGAAUCCAAGCCUAACCCUUGCAAAAUUCCUACGAAGUCCUGAGUUAGAGGCUUUUUGUCAACAGUAUAAUGCUUCUACACCAGCUGAAAUACACGCCUCCCUUUCCAAUAUUGACAGAAUAUCUGCCAUUAUACAGAAGCAACGUUUACUUACAUAUCCCGAAGGCCAGGAUUUUAAUGGUGUGGUAUACAUAUCUAAUAUAAACCCUACCUUGAAGCAAUAUGUCCAGCAGAAAUACCGUGAUCCUGAUGGUAUCAUGAUAUUAUGUGCCUAUAAGGAGCAGAUCAUGCUUCUAAACAAGUUAACCUCAUUUUGA